GUUUUGAUCAGUUUUAUCGAAAAGUGGUGGUCGCCUCGCCGGAGAUAAUUAAGCUUUGGCGUGAUCAUCAAAUGUCUCCGGUGGGACUUCCUCCAGGUUUCAGGUUUCACCCUACCGAUGAGGAGCUCGUCAACUAUUACUUGAAAAGGAAAAUCCAAGGCCUUGAAAUCGAGCUCGAUAUCAUCCCGGAAGUCGAUCUUUACAAAUGCGAGCCUUGGGAAUUGGCAGAGAAAUCUUUCUUGCCGAGUAGGGAUCCGGAGUGGUACUUUUUCGGGCCAAGGGACAGGAAGUACCCAAACGGGUUCAGGACGAAUAGGGCAACUCGAGCCGGGUAUUGGAAGUCAACCGGGAAAGAUAGGAAGGUGAAUAGCCAAAAUCGGGGCAUAGGCAUGAAGAAAACACUCGUGUAUUACAGGGGAAGGGCACCACAAGGAAUAAGGACUGAUUGGGUAAUGCAUGAAUAUAGGCUCGACGAUAAGGAGUGGGAGGACACUUCCGGUCUCCAGGACUCGUAUGCAUUAUGCCGUGUUUUCAAGAAAAACGGGCUGUCCUCAGAAAUCGAGGAUCACGUCCAAUCAAGCAACGUGUUGUUGCUCGAUUACAUGCAAGGAGUCAACAACGAGCACGAGUCGAUGUCACCCGACUUUCCCCUGGCAUCAUCUUCCAAUAAUAUAUGUAAUGAAGAAGAAGAUAAAGAUGACAAGGAUGAGUCAUGGAUGCAGUUUAUUACAGAUGAUGUUUGGUGUUCAUCCAGUACAAACUUUGCUGGUGAUGAGGUUUCUCAGCUGACCUUCACAAACUAAUUACAUGAAAGACUCAUGUUUAUGAACUUUUAAUCAUGUUAUGUCAUGCAUUAUUACUCUGAUCAUCACUAAAUGUACUUAAAUAUUUUUUUCAUCCCAUUAUUUUCAACUUAUUUUUGCCUGGUGUGUUUUCUGAAUUACACCCAGGGUUUUUAUCCUUGUGGGUGGUUUUUGGCCUCUUUAUUGGGGUAUCUUUAUUGGGUUUGACUAGUGGAAUAAAGGGUUUUAUUCCCUUCUGAAGUUGUUAUAUUGUU